AUGAAGAUCCUCCUCGUCUUCACCCUCUACCUGAUCUCAGAAUUACAUGAAUUGAUCAAUACCUUCGAUUCUCAGAAGGGAAGGUGCUCCAUCUCUGAUAACAAAAGGUCUAGAGUUGUCAGUGUGAGAAUCAGUGAUGUGAGAGAAGACGAUGAAGGAGUUUAUUACUGUGGAGUGGGGGAGGGAGGAGAAUCAGUGAGUUACAUCUCUCACUUCUCAAAGAUUCAUCUACAGGUUUCUGACUCUAAAGAAACACUCGGACCAAGAGCAACUAUCCAAACAACAUCAGUGACCUACAGAAGAACAUCAGCAGCACCAACAUCACCAGCAGUGACCAUCUCUACUGAAGAAACUUCCAACUCCAAGGAAUCACUGAGACCAAGAGCAACUAUCCAAUCAACAUCAGUGACCUACAGAAGAACAUCAGCAGCACCAACAGCUCCAACAGUGGCCAUCCCUGCUGAAGAACCUUCCACUCCAGGUUCCUCUACCAUUAUCAUCAUCUCUGUGAGUAUCUGUGUGGUUCUGCUGCUGAUUGGAGGAUUAACACUGAUCUUCUACAAACUGAGAUGCUCCAAGACUCAAGACUCUGCCUUCAUCAGUCAACCCUCAGGAACCAAUGAACAAAGUGAUUAUGAAAAUGAUCCACCUGGAAACCUGAACAUCAUCAGAAUGGAUCCAAACUACCAGAAUAUGCAACCCAACACCAACAACUCUGAUUCCGUCUAUCAGAGUCUGGAUCCCAGAACCCGAGAACCAGAUUCAGUUUACCAGAGUCUAAACCCCAACACCAACCAAUCAGAUUCAGUCUACCAGAGCAUAAACCCAACACCAACCAAUCAGAUUCAGUCUACCAGAGCCUAAACCCCAACACCAACCAAUCAGAUUCAGUCUACCUGAGCCUAAACCCCAACACCAACCAAUCAGAUUGAGUCUAAGAGACUCUGAACUCCAGCAUCAACCAAUCAGGUUCAGUCUACGAGAUUCAAACUCUGCCUAAUCCUUAACAUCAAUGACUAUUACAAAAAUUUAAUUUAAACUAGAAAACUCU